GGGCACCGAUCGACAAUACUGGCACCAGUUACACCUUAAGUGUGCGCCGAGUACCUGAACUCACAAGCAGACAUGAUCCGUGGGCAGAUACUGGCAGCACUGUUGCUGUUGGGGAUUGCUGCAAAGUGCCAGCAGGCGCUGUGCGGCCACGCCCACUCCUACGCCCACCAGACGGGUCCCGUGGUGGGUCCCGCCCACCCAGUCACCGUGGGACACGCCGGCUAUGGGGGAUACGGACACGGACACGGAGGACACAGUGUGGACUACGUGGCGUACCCGAAGUACGAGUUCGAGUACGGGGUGUCUGACGGGCACACAGGGGACCACCACUCCCAGAAGGAGCACCGCGACGGAGACGUGGUGACGGGCGAGUACUCGCUCAAGGAAGCGGACGGCAGCGUGCGCACCGUCAAGUACCACGCAGACAAGUCCGGCUUCCACCCCGUCGUGCACCACUCGCAUCACGGCUACGGCGCUGGAUUGGGCGCCGGCGCUGUUGGUUACGGACACGGUCACAGCUACUACUGAAGGCACGUCGCACCAUCCGUUCCGAAACGUCCAAGUUCGGAAUGCUGCGUACCUCUAGGCUCUCUAAUUUUCUUCACAGAACCAUUUUCAUAUUUAUUCCUAUUUAACCAUGAGGAUAGCUGCUUAUCUUGUAGCUCCAUCUUCAUCCUGUUGUUAUAAACAGCAGUCGCUGAUAUAGUGUACAAAAAUAACUUUAUUUUUGUUGUUAAACACAGUAAAAUAAUGUUUCUGCCUUUGUAUUAAUUUAUACAACAGUGCUAGUCUGAAUAACUACUGAAGUUGUAUGUAUAUAUUUUCUGUCGAUUUUUAUACAUUUUGUAUGAUUUAUUAAUAUAUGUUGGACAAGAAAUAAAAUAUCUAUAUGAAUAACAACAAA